CAAGUGUAAUCUACCAAGUGCAACGUAUGAACCCAACACGAUGACUUGGUGCGAUACAGGAAAUUGCGUCUUCCUGUCACAUGGGUUUGCCACUAGCAUCUCCACAGAUAAUCAAACAAAAACCCACAGCUAGGAUGAAGACGCUGUACUUCCGUUUGGUUCUCUAAUCCACAGGAGAGCUGUAUCGCCAGAACUGUACUUCAGGUUGACUGGAUUUGGUGUGGUGCUGUAUUGGUGAUACAUGAUAAGAAGCUAAAAGGACAAGGGGAAUCUCAAGCGAUGGAUGGCACCCAGAUCCUGAGGAACAGACUUGUCCAGCACGAUGCUCUUUCUGAUUCCAGCACAGAAGACUCCUUGGAGGAACUGGGUAGCCAGGAGUUGCUGCUUAGGGACUUGCCCUGCUCCAUGAAGGAGAAGCGCCUCCUCAGGCAGCUGAGAGCAUCCGCAGGGAGAGAUGUGUCCUGCUGGGUGGUCUGGAGACAAAGACAAUCCAGGGCCCAGAAGCAGUUUCAAGAAGGAAUCUGGAACCUUGUCAGGAUCUUCCAGCUCUGGAAGCCUUCCCUGGAUGAGAUUGAAGGGAACUUUGGUCCUGGCAUCCAGUCCUACUUUACCUUCCUGAGGUUCCUGCUCUCCAUCAACUUCCUGGCUGUGUUGCUGGCCACAGGCUUCAUACUGUUGCCUGUUGCCAUUUCUCAAAAUACGACGAUAUUUCCUACAGGUCUGAGUUCAGAUCCUGAAUGCAUGAAGUACAGCAGUAACGUCAGUUAUCGAUCUGCCUGGCAACGAUUCCAAGAUAUCUUCACCGGGGAGGGCUCUCUGGAGUAUUCGUACCUGUUUUAUGGUGCUUAUCAUGUGGCACAGGAUAGCAAGAACCACUACAACGUACACUUAGCAUACCUGCUUAGCAUCCUGGGAUACUUCUUUGCCUGCCUCAUUUGGAUCCUCCGGCGGAUUGUAGCCAGCAUGGCCCGGUGGCAGAUGCUGCGGUGGAAAUUCAAACCAUGUGUCAGUGCCAGGAUCUUCACGGAGUGGGAUUUCUGCAUCCAGAGCCCAGAGGCAGCCACCCUCAAACAGAGAAAUAUUUACAAUCACCUAAAGAUAGACCUAGCGGAGCAGAUCCGGCAUUUGCAGAACCAACAGCGCACACGGAAGCAGCUUGCUAAGCUCUACCUGCUACGCCUUCUGAUCAAUGGUGUCAUCUUGCUGCUGACAGGGGCUGCUUUCUACUGUAUCUACGCAGCCACAGAGUUUUCCCAGGGGCACAGUCAAAAAAAUGCUGCCAGCCUUGAUGUACUGAGCCAGUACCUGCCACCAGUGGUCAUCUCCAUAGUGAAUGUUAUCCUGCCUUUACUUUUUCAUGUCUUGACCCAGUUGGAAGGCUACUCUCCUAAUACUGAAGUCAACCUCACCCUGGUCAGGUGUGUAAUCCUGAAACUGUCCAGCCUGGGAAUGUUCAUGUUCUUCUUGGGACGCAGAGUGCUAUGCAUAGGGAGCAGCAGUGCUCCUCAGUGCCACCAAUGCGGUUACAACAAACUCUAUCAGUGCUGGGAAACCCACAUUGGACAAGAGAUGUACAAGAUGACCCUCUUCAGUUUCUUGACCACCUUGGCAUCUGCUUUCCUUAUCAGCCUACCCCGGAGACUGAUUGCUAAGCAUUCCUCCUGUGGACUGGCUCAGUGGCUUGGCAAAGAAGAGUUCCUGGUGCCUCACAAUGUACUGGAUAUUGUAGCAGCUCAAACAGUCAUAUGGAUCGGGAUUUUCUUCUGCCCACUUCUGCCUUUGCUUUCCUGUGUCUUCGUCUUCUUCACAUUCUAUAUAAAAAAGUACACCUUAUUCCAGAACUGCCAGCCUUCAACUCAGCUGUUUCGAGCAUCCCGUUCUAAAUUCCUCUUCCAGAUCAUGCUACUCUUAGGCCUUUUCCAGGCCUACGUCCCUCUGGGCUAUGUCAUCAGUAGGGUCUCUCCUUCCCAAGCUUGUGGGCUCUUUACUAAUUAUUCAACUCCAUGGGAGGCAGUACCUACGGCUUUGUCCCAUUUACCCAUGUCAACACAACGUGCCUUGAGCUAUGUGACAUCCAAUGUCUUUUGUUUCUUACUUCUGAUGGUACUCAGCCUCAUCCUUACAGUGUAUGUUUCUCAGGUGCAAGCAAACAGACACAUCAUUGAAAGGCUCAAGAGGCAACGUGUGCAGUGUGUCAAGGAGAAAUGGUGUUUGGUGAGGAAGCUGGCUCAGCGGCUGGUGAAACAACUGUGAGUUGGGUUGCAGGGGGGAAAGACCUCCCAGAGGAUGAAAACUUCUGGUGGCAGGGCAACAGGCAGGAAAAAAUGGUUUUGCUCCUGAAGAAAGCAAAGACCACAGAAUGGUCAAAGCAUAUCUGGAUUAAAGAAGCAAGAGAAGCCCCCGAGUGUGAUUUGAACAUUAUAUCCUGGAAGACCUCAUUUUCUUGUGAACACAAGUUUGCUUAUAGUACUACCCCAUCAUACCCUUUAUCUUUUAAAUAGUUACAAUACAUAAUUUUUCACUGUGCAUACAGGUCCCUGGGAUGUGCAUUUGAUACGUAAUAUCAUAUCUUCCCUGUGAGUUGCUGUACCUUAUUUGGCCAACUUCAUAUUAGAACAAGUUCCCGCAAGCCUGAAAAUGAUGUUUUGGGUAAAGAACAAGGUGUAUGGCAAGAAUAUAUACAGCUUUAUCAUGUCAAAGUAAUUCUAAUUCAACAAAAAACUGAAACUGAGUAUGUCACCAGUCCUCACUGAGGUGGAUUGCUUACUAACUGGAACAUGAUCUUUUGGUAUUGCAAAAUAAAACAAAUGCUUUGUCUAAUAAA